ACACCAUCCCUAGCUAUAGAAAUUUCAAGUUCAGGUGCAAGCAGUUAAGGUUUUAAUUAUGGGUGGUGACUGGUGAGACCACAGAACACUGAAUGCUGCUGGAGGCAGGAUGACAUCUGUGGAAGAAAAGAAGCGGAGGAGGAGGAAGAGGAGAAAAAUGUACCAAAGUGGGAAUUUUAUGGCAGUAGAUUCAUGUGAUCUUCUGAAUCCAGGGGGGAAAUCUGACGAUAUAGAGCGAUUAGCUCACAAGUACAUGCAAAAGUGUACUGUUGAGUACAGCAGUGAAUCUGAAUCGGAUGCCGACAUGGAGGUGCUGCCCAAGAGCGUGCUUUUGACACGAUCCCGGGAAAGAACAAAACUCCAAUUCGUGGAUCCUUAUGAUGGUGACGAUGAAGAGAUCUCAGGCUCCCUUGAGCAGAGUAGGGUGAUCUUUCUGAAGCAUCUCAGCACAGAAGACAGUGUUCUUUCAGAAGGCCCAGAACCUCUCUCUGCCUUCUCACCCAUGGAAGUCCCUCUAAUUGUAACUUGCGAGGAUGAACCUCAACUGUAUGAAGCAGGUGAAGUAUUGCAGAUGACCACAGAACCUUCCUGGUUUCCUGGGCCAGGUCAUUCAAAGCAUGCUGUUCUCUCUGAAAAAGCACCCUGUGAUUUUGUGCUACACCCGAUGUUGGCCGAUUGUGAUAAUCUGCGUGAACUUGUUAAUGUCAAGAGGAAGCAAGUGAGGGUUGUCCUAGACAGCACUGGAGAAACGCCAAGGAAAAAAUUGCGGGCGACUUGAGUUCGUGUAGCCUAACUGCAAUCUACCUAUGUCUGUGGGUGAAAACAAUGCCCGUUGUUAAAAUAAAUUAGG